AUGGCAGGAAUGGAUAAUGUGACCCAUGUAUCCCAUGGGGAUAUUCAGCAUCACAUGAGCGACAAAGGCAAAACUGUUAGAACUCUUGUCGAAGCCGACCUUCUCGAUGAGCGCUACACAACAACCCAGCGCGGUCUGAAGAAUCGCCAUGUUCAGUUGAUGGCACUCGGAGGGACGAUAGGAACUGGUCUUUUUGUUGGUUCUGGCCAAGGGCUAGCCACAGGAGGUCCCGCGUCGCUUCUUCUGGGCUACCUCUUCAUCUCGGCCAUGGUUUAUGGCCUGGUCACGGCUAUUGCGGAAGUUGGUGCCUACUUACCAGUACACGGUGGUACAAUGAGUUACCACGGAUUCCGAUACGUAUCACGCAGCAUGGGAUUUGCCAUGGGAUAUCUAUACUGGUACUCUCUCGGCAUCCUGGUCCCUUAUGAGAUCACAGCAGCUGGGUUGGUGAUUGGAUAUUGGGAUCAGAGUGGUUCUAUCAGCAUUGCAGUUUGGAUCACGAUUAUGAUGGUGAUCAUUGUUGCUCUAAACUUCAUGCCCGUGCGAGUUUACGGCGAGUCCGAGUUCUGGUUCGCUGGCGUCAAAAUCAUCACUUUGAUUGGUCUAUUGAUGGUCUCUUUCAUUCUUUUCUGGGGUGGAGGCCCUAACCGUCAGCGACUGGGAUUUCAUUACUGGAAAGACCCGCGUCCCUUCAAUGAGUACCUUGUUACAGGAGAUGCCGGCCGAUUCGUGGGGCUGUUGAAGUGCACUGUGUCGAGCGCGAUUGCCUUCAUCUUCGCCCCCGAGCUGAUUGUGAUCAGCGGAGGUGAGAUGGAAAGCCCUCGACGGAAUGUGCCUCGAGCCGCCCGGCGGUACAUCUACCGAUUGGUAUUCUUCUACAUCUUUGGUGUCCUGGCAAUUGGCGUGAUCUGCCCAUCCAAUGCCUCUCGCCUGACCAAGAGCGAUGGAACAGUGAGCUCGUCACCUUUCGUGAUUGGAAUCAAGAAUGCUGGAAUCCCUGUGUUAGAUCAUAUCGUCAACGCUGCUGUAUUGACGUCUGCGUGGUCUGCCGGCAACUCUUUCCUGUACAUGUCCUCUCGAUCGCUGUAUUCCUUGGCCAUGUCUGGAAAUGCACCCAGUAUUUUCAAAUCCUGCAACCGAUGGGGAGUUCCUUACUAUGCGGUUGGAGUGUCGGCCUGCUUCUCGGGGUUGGCCUACCUUGCGCUGGGCGACUCCAGUUCAGUUGUCUUCAACUGGUUCGUGAACUUUACAAACACCUCCGGCUUUAUCUCUUGGAUUUGUUGCUGCAUCGUGUUCUUCCGGUUCCGCAAAGCCGUGGAAGCCCAAGGGAUCGAGCAACCGUACAAAUCACGGCUCCAGCCUUAUGGCGCGUAUUUCGGCCUGGCAGGUUCCAUACUCAUGUUGCUCAUCAAUGGCUUCACGGUUUUCUUUCCCUCUGAGUGGUCCGUCAGCAGUUUCUUCACCGCAUACAUCGGUAUUCCAGCUUUUGUUGUUCUCUAUGUUGGACACCGGAUUGUCUACUGGAGUGAUCCUUGGGCGUGGCGUCCGGAAGAGGUCGAUAUGCAUACUGGCCUAGACGAGAUUCUAGCGGCCGAGCUACCUGUACAGCCUCGAGGACCCUGGUGGAAGAUUUGGUAA